UUUGAUUUCCAACCUUUACCUACCAUAAGCAUGGCUCUCCGAUUCGCCUUCUUCGCUAUUUUCUCUCUUCUCUUUGUCUACGUUGUCAUCGCGGAGACUUCGACCUCAUCGGAUGGCGACGAUCAGCUUAUCAGGCAGGUGGUCGACGGCCAGGAUGAAUCGUCGAUGAGCUCUCAUCUUCUGAGCGAGGAGCAUCAUUUCUCGCUCUUCAAGAGGAAGUUCAAGAAAUCCUAUGCCUCUAAGGAGGAGCAUGAUUACAGAUUCACGGUGUUUAAGGCUAACGUGAGACGCGCGGCGCGUCACCAGACUUUGGACCCAACGGCCAGCCACGGAGUCACUCAGUUCUCCGAUUUGACUCCGGCUGAGUUUAGGAGGCAGUUUUUGGGGUUGAGGCGGCUUAGGUUGCCUAAGGACGCUAAUCAAGCCCCAAUUUUGCCUACCAAUGACUUGCCUCAGGAUUUUGAUUGGAGAGAGAAAGGAGCUGUUUCUCCUGUCAAAAAUCAGGGUUCGUGUGGAUCGUGCUGGAGUUUCAGCACAACCGGGGCUUUGGAAGGCGCUCAUUUCCUCGCCACGGGAGACCUUGUUAGUCUUAGCGAGCAACAGCUUGUGGAUUGUGACCAUGAGUGUGAUCCAGAAGAGGCAGGUGCAUGCGACUCUGGUUGCAAUGGUGGGCUGAUGAAUAGUGCCUUUGAGUACACUCUCAAAGCUGGUGGUCUUAUGCGUGAAGAAGACUAUCCUUACACUGGUACUGAUCGUGGUGCUUGCAAAUUUGACAAGACCAAGGUUGCAGCAUCGGUGGCCAACUUCAGCGUUGUGUCCCUUGAUGAAGAUCAAAUUGCUGCAAAUCUCGUGAAAAAUGGUCCUCUUGCAGUGGCUAUCAAUGCUGUGUUCAUGCAGACAUACAUUGGGGGAGUCUCGUGUCCUUAUAUCUGCUCAAAGAGGCUGGAUCAUGGAGUGUUGUUGGUAGGGUACGGUUCAGCAGGCUAUGCUCCUAUCCGGAUGAAGGAGAAGCAAUAUUGGGUUAUCAAAAACUCAUGGGGUGAAAACUGGGGAGAGAGUGGAUACUACAAAAUCUGCAGGGGUCGCAAUAUUUGUGGGGUAGACUCCAUGGUGUCUACUGUUGCUGCUGUUCAAACCCCAUAACAGUAAGUUGUUAAAGCCCAGUGAUGUUAACAUUGGAUCUUUGUAUAUAGGCAUUUUAUGAUAUGUCAGCUUUGAUGAUUUGAACUGUUUACCUGUCAUAUUCACCCAAAGCAUCGGAUAGAAAUUUCUUGGAAAAUUCCUAUACUUGGGAAUAUUUGGAUUGCCCGACUGUAAUUUCCUGGAAAAUUCCUAUGCUUUGGGAUGUCAGAACAGCUGAAUUGUGUAAUUUGUAUUUCAGUUUAAGACAUUGGAUCCUCAGUACGUGGGGAUAUUUUAUUUAUAUAUAAAUGACGUGAUAUUGGCAUGAAA